AUGUUUGGAAGGAAUCGAUGGAGAGACCUUGCACGGCAGCUUAUCAUAGAUAUUGGUGUAAGUGAUAACAAUCCUGCGUGUCGGCAGCACGAAUGUCCUUUGAUGAAGACAAUAAUCAGAAAAGUCGCUAAUUAUGCUUUGACGGGUCCUGAUUUCCCAACUGCUAAACAAAAGGACAGCGCCAAUGGUGGAAAGCUUCUAGUCCCAGAACAGAGAGGGGAUCGUCAGCGAGUGAUAUUGACAUCUGACAUGAGGCACUCGCCAGUACAGCAUCCAGAGCUCAGUAACAUGGCCAGGACUACUUCACUCAUUGUAUACUUGGGCUUGAUCGCCGUCUCCUACGGUUGGGAACACGAGCCGACGCACAGCCAUCACUUUCACGUCAGAACUGACAUCAUCACGAAAAAGGAAGAACAGCCGUACCCCGUAGAGGUCAUCAAACAUGUGCCUUAUCCUGUAAAAGUGCACGUAGAAAACCCAGUACCAUAUCAUGUGCCGAAGCCUUAUCCAGUAGAGGUCACCAAAGAGGUACGAGUACCAGUCCAUAUCCACGUGCCGCAACCGUACCCAGUAGUAAAAGAAGUAAAGGUGCCAGUAAAGAUUCCGGUUGACAACCCAGUACCAUACCACGUAACGAAGCCUUACCCAGUCGUCGUAGAGAAGAAAGUUCCAUACCCAGUCCACAAGGAGGUUCCGGUGCCAGUGAAGGAAUACUUCGAAGUCCCCAAGCCAUAUCACGUACCUGUGACAGUGGAAAAGAAAGUACCUUAUAUCGUUGAAAAGAAAAUCCCAGUGAAAAUCGAGUACCCUGUCGAGAAGCCCUACCCAGUCGAGGUACCAAAGCCGUACCCAGUCACUGUUGAAAAGAAGGUGCCUUACGUUGUAGAGAAAAAAGUACCGUAUCCAGUAAAAGUACCUGAGUAUGUGAAAGUGCCAGUUCCUAUUUUCACCCACGGAUCUGAACAUCAAUUCUCAAGUUUUGGAAGUGAUCACAUUUAG